CUGAGCCGAGCACCUGCUAAGCAACAUCACCAGACAAACAAAGGCACUGCAAGACAAACCGCUGUCAACUCUCACCAUGAAGUACGCCCUCGCCACCAUCGCUGUCCUCGUCCUGGCUCUCGGCUUGACCACUGAGGCUGUGCAAGUUGAAGAGAACGGAUUGUCUUUCUCUCUGGAAGCCGUCAAGAGGCUCCAGGAGCUGACGGAGAAUAGUGCUCUGGCAGGACAACAAAGCCCACGACUCAGGGCGAGCUCUGGGUCUCUCUGUGCCGACCCCAUGCUGCCCCAGGAGUUCAUGCCCCUCUGUAGGCAGAGAGGAGCAUCUGCAUCCCUCGCCAGACUAGCUAUGGUUCCCAUGGAUGUCUGUGAGAUCUGCGCCUUUGCCGCCUGCACCGGCUGCUAAACAAAAGCAGCCAGCCAGAAGCUUCUUGCCAGCUUUAGACUUGUGAUUCUUCUCCUCCCCCUCAAAACUAUAUCAGGGAAUUUUCUAAAAUUUUUGCCUGCAAUGAUGAGAUGAUGACUUUAUGUUCCCUGAAUGCAGAGACUCUGACUCUGGCCCACUGGGCAUUUUAUACAUUUUAAAUUAUCUGUAUGACAUAAACUAGCCCAAAAAGAAAUCAGACAAACUGAGGUAUAUUUUUUUUGUAAACUGUUACUAUAUAGAACCACUUUAUCAUACAUUUUAUAUUCUGGAAUUGACACUGUUUGUUACAUUUCUAUCUUACCAAGCUUUGUACUGUAUACAUAGUUUCUUUUUUCCUUAUCUUUCUUCUUUUUUAUUAACAUUGUUUUAAAUAAAAAGCAUUCAUGA